CUCGAGCAUCUCAUCGUUCGUAUCGACCCUCUCUCAGUAGCCUGACUCCAUUUCGCCCUCAUGGAGCUCGUGCCACCGACCAGCGGUCAGGGGACGCGAUCGGUCCCUCGCAUGCAAAAUUUUGCAUCGACCGCAGAUUUGCUCAUGGCCGCUGGCCGUCCCCGAAGUGUGCAUCCCGCACGAGCACUACAUCUCUCGGUCUCUACCGUCCAGCUCUCAACCGUUGCCACAUCCCCCUACCAAUCCUAGGGGACCAUUCUCUGACACGGUGCCUUUGUCGUUUUGCAGUGCAAUAGAUUAGCAAAAUGGGAAAGGAAAAGGGUCACGUUAACGUCGUCGUCAUCGGUCACGUCGAUUCCGGUAAAUCGACGACCACUGGUCACUUGAUCUACAAAUGCGGUGGUAUCGAUAAGCGAACUAUCGAAAAGUUCGAGAAGGAAGCUGCCGAACUCGGCAAGGGCUCCUUCAAGUAUGCAUGGGUGCUCGACAAGCUAAAAGCCGAGCGUGAGCGUGGUAUCACGAUCGACAUUGCCCUAUGGAAGUUCGAGACGCCAAAGUACUUUGUCACCGUCAUCGACGCUCCCGGCCAUCGUGACUUCAUCAAGAACAUGAUCACCGGCACAUCCCAGGCCGAUUGCGCCAUUCUCAUCAUCGCCGCCGGCACGGGCGAAUUCGAGGCCGGCAUCUCAAAGGAUGGCCAGACGCGCGAGCACGCGUUGCUCGCCUUCACGCUAGGUGUCCGUCAGCUCAUCGUCGCCAUCAACAAGAUGGACACGACAAAGUGGUCCGAGUCCCGAUACGAGGAAAUCGUCAAGGAGACCUCCAACUUCAUCAAGAAGGUCGGCUUCAAUCCCAAGGGCGUCGCCUUUGUGCCCAUCUCCGGCUGGCACGGUGACAACAUGCUCGAGGAAUCCGUCAACAUGACCUGGUUCAAGGGAUGGGUCAAGGAGACCAAGGCCGGCGAGGUCAAGGGCAAGACUUUGCUCCAGGCCAUUGACGCCAUCGAGCCUCCCGUACGACCAUCAGACAAGCCCCUCCGUCUGCCUCUCCAGGAUGUCUACAAGAUUGGCGGUAUCGGAACAGUGCCCGUUGGUCGUGUCGAGACUGGCACCAUCAAGGCCGGCAUGGUCGUCGUCUUUGCGCCCACCAACGUCACGACUGAAGUCAAGUCGGUCGAGAUGCACCACGAACAGCUCGAGGCAGGUCAGCCAGGUGACAACGUCGGAUUCAACGUGAAGAACGUCUCCGUCAAGGACAUCCGUCGUGGCAACGUUGCCGGCGACACCAAGAACGACCCCCCCAAGGAGGCCGCCUCUUUCAUCGCCCAGGUCAUCGUGCUCAACCACCCCGGUCAGAUCGGUGCGGGAUACCAGCCCGUCCUCGAUUGCCACACCGCCCACAUCGCCUGCAAGUUCGAAGCGCUGAACGAGAAGAUUGACCGCCGAACAGGCAAGUCGAUCGAGUCAUCGCCCAAGUUUGUCAAGAGCGGCGAUGCCGCACUUGUCAACAUGGUCCCAAGCAAGCCUCUCUGUGUCGAGCCAUUCUCUGCCUACCCACCUCUCGGCCGUUUCGCUGUCCGUGACAUGCGUCAAACCGUCGCUGUCGGUGUCAUCAAGAGCGUGAGUCUUUUCAUCGAUCCUCAUCUUUGCUCUCCUUCUCGGUCUCGCUGCUGCGCGUCCGUGCGCACUGCGCGGAGAUGGAUGACAAGAGACCAUCUGCUUGACACUAUUCGAGCAUCUGGCUUCCCCAUUGAUCUCUCACCCUCUCGUCCGCGCUGGGAUUCCCGUACUGACACUGCAUGCGUUCUCCAGGUCGAGAAGACCGAUGGCAAGUCUGGCAAGGUGACAAAGGCAGCAGAGAAGGCGCUCAAGAAGAAAUGAUCGCAUUCUCCAUCAACC